CGUUGUGAUCGCUUUGUAAUUCAGUCCGUUCCGUUGUCCAUAAUGGCGACUAUUUGUGAGAAUGGUAUAGAACAUGCGAUUUUCGCAAAUACACCGGUUACAAGCAAAAUGCCUGCGCAAGAAGUCGCAGUGCCGCAACCGCCGGCCACCGAGAUUGAAGAGAACAAUGUUCCUUCUUCGCAGCCGAUUGUAGGCAUCAUUUAUCCGCCCCCUGAGGUUAGGAAUAUUGUUGACAAAACCGCCAGCUUCGUCGCUAGGAAUGGCCCGGAGUUCGAAUCUAGGAUCAGACAGAAUGAACUGGGCAAUCCCAAAUUUAAUUUCUUAAACUUUGGCGAUCCCUAUCAUGCUUACUAUCAGCAUAAAGUAAAGGAGUUUAAGGAAGGGAAAGGGCAGGAGCCUACAGUAGGUUUAACUGCUGGAAAAACUGUUAAUCUUACCGCGCAUCAGAAACAGCAGGAAAUUUUGAAGCAAGUUGAACAACCGUUUGUGCCCAAAGAUCCACCAGUUGAAUUUGAAUUCAUCGCAGAUCCUCCAUCUAUAUCGGCUUUAGAUCUAGAUAUUGUGAAGCUAACUGCCCAGUUCGUUGCACGUAAUGGGAGGCAGUUCUUGACCAAUCUAAUGAAUCGCGAACAAAGAAAUUUCCAAUUUGAUUUCUUGCGUCCCCAGCAUUCUUUGUUUCAAUAUUUUACUAAACUUUUGGAGCAAUAUACUAAGGUAUUGAUUCCACCCAAGGAUUUGUUGCCGCGUCUCAAAGAUGAGGCAUUUAAUAUGGAUAAAAUCUUGGAGCAAGUGAAAUACCGCGCCGAGUAUUUAAAAUAUCAGGAGGCACAAAGACGUAAAGAGGAAGAGGAAUUAGAAAGAGAGAGAGUCGCAUAUGCGCAAAUUGACUGGCAUGAUUUUGUUGUGGUUGAAACUGUGGACUAUCAACAAUUCGAAGUCGGCAAUUUCCCAGCGCCGACGACACCAGACGAAGUUGGAGCGCGUGUCCUAAUGCAGGAACGUAUAGAAGAUGGUGAGGAUGUGGAAAUGCAAAUCGAUAGUGAUGCAGAAGAAGAAACGCAGACGCGCACAGACGGUGAAAAAGGCGAUCGUGCGAAAGAUAAUAAUCAGGUGCAAGAUAUGGAGGAAGAUUCCAGUGACGAAGACGACGUAUCUCCGCCAGGUGAUACUCAUAAAUCUAAAGAAUCCAAACCACGCGAAACGAGCAUGCAGCCUCCUCCAUUACCGCCUACACCAGGAAAUGUUAUGGUUAAGAAAGGAUACGAUCCAAAACAACAUGCUGCUAAAACUACUCGUCCUGUUGCUUCUGAUGAGUAUUUGAUGAUUUCGCCGCUUACACGCGAACACAUUUCUGCUAACAAAGUGCAAGAGCAUAUGCGUAUUGGAUUGUUGGAUCCUCGCUGGGUUGAACAAAGAGACAAACAUUUGGACAAACUUGCGCAAGAGACUGUGUUUGCGCCAGGCACAGCUAUUGAGGCAAGUCUCAAACAACUCGCCGAGAGGCGUACCGAUAUAUUCGGUGUCGGCGACGAAGAAACGGCGAUCGGUAAGAAGAUCGGUGAAGAGGACAAGAAGAAGGAUGAUAAAGUCACAUGGGAUGGUCACACGUCGAGUGUAGAGGCAGCAACGAGAGCCGCGCGCGCCAAUAUCACACUGGAAGAACAAAUUCAUCAGAUACAUAAGGUCAAGGGUCUCCUUCCUGACGAAGAGAAGGAAAAAAUUGGUCCAAAACCUGUAAAUCGCGCAACCGAGCUUUCCCACAUGGCUGCCGCCGCUUCGAAACCACAAGCUACGUUGAAAGCACCUCCGAAACCGCCCGCACCAAAGCCUAUACCAGUGCCCGCCCAACCUCCUCCACCACCGACCAUGAGUAUGCCAACUAUGGGCAUACCUCAGCCGAUGAUGCCACAGCCGCCGAUGAUGAUGAUGGCACCUAUGCCACCUAUGGCACCUCGACCACCACCUUUAAUGCCUCCAGCAAUGUCACCGUUUAUGCCGGCGCCACCACCGAUGCAGCCACCGAUGGCAUCCCCUAUUGGGUUAAAACAUCCUGCUAGUAAACCACUGGAAGAAGAACCGCAAGCUAAGAAACUGAGAACUGAAGACUCAUUAAUUCCAGAGCAACAGUUCCUUGCUAGAAAUAAGGGACCUGUACAAGUUAACAUCGCUGUGCCUAUGAUGACAGAGAAAGCUGAAUGGAAAUUGAAUGGUCAAACAUUGAAUAUUACUUUACAACUAAGCGAUACUGUGGCAACUAUGAAAGCGCUUAUUCAUGAACAAACUGGCAUGCCACCUGGAAAACAAAAGCUGCAGUAUGAGGGAAUGUUUUUCAAAGAUAACAAUACUCUUGCUUAUUAUAAUUUAACAUCGGGUAACGUUAUCAAUCUGCUACCGAAAGAGAGAGGUGGUAGAAAGAAGUAAAUUAAUGAAAAAAUAAAUAAGCAGGGAUGCUUACGUGAGGGCCACCCACGAUCUCCUCCAAAACGCUACAUUCUUUCGAUGUACUGGAAUCCAUCCAUAUGGGUGAAUGAGUCACGGAAAAGGACGUAGCAAAUUGUUCGUAUAAAAAUUUUAUGGGAUUUAAACACUGCAACCGACUUUGGCUGCCUUUGCCCCAAUAAACUGUGCCGUGUUGCUAAGUGUACAUAGAAAUGUAGAAAGAACUAUAUUAUACACAUUAUAGUACAUUUAUGUGUUUAUUUUGAUGGUUUAUGUGGUAUAUUUUUAAAAUAAUCGAUAUUAUGUUGAGUAUUACAUAUAUAUGCAUUACCUGCGCACAUCCAGAUAUUGCUACCACUUUACUAAAAUCGACACCGCAGACGCGUAAUUUAUCAAGUAUCAUAUCUAAGGCCUUAACCCACAUUAAAGAAGGCACUACCACGACAUGCGGUUCCUCUUUCUUCUGUAUAACUCCUCCGUAAGUCCUACAAUAUUUAAAUAUUCGCAUAUUAUAACAUAAAAUGCGCGCAACUACAUUUUUACUCAGAUCUCUUUAAACGUACCUAAAUUCUGGUAAAUCAUUAUCGAAUUGUACACUAGUCUCAUGAAGGACGGUUAGAUUAUCAUCAACUACUACCGCUUUCAGCUGAAAUUGAAUCAAACGCAAAUUCAACAUUUAAAAUAUAUUUUCGAAAGUAUUCUAUUUUUUUUUCCAAAUUUUACAUUAUUAUGUUUUAUACAUAAUAUCGCACGUGCAACUAUUUUCAUUUAUUCUUUGAAGUGCCCCCACGAUAUUAAUUAUCGGCUCAAUAUUUCUGUAUCUCGUCACAUUCUGCAGAUAUGCUUCCCUCGCGAAUAUCAAACGGUUCGUGUGUUAUCGUGCAUUAGAUAAUAAUGACCCGGCAACGUCAGAGCGCCUCGUGACGCUUCGACUCGCUCGUUUUUUCUGCAUAGAACCGUUGAAUACUUUACAAAACGAUCAUUAUAUUGACACGCUUUGUGAAACGGGUAACACGCGCGCGUUGAAAAAACUUUCGGGUCAUCACUAUUUGAAGAUAAUGAAAUUCGUAAACAUACUUUGUAAGAUUAUCGCUCUCAAAAUGAAUAGAGACAUGGAAGACGAAAUAUAAUAAAACAAGCAAUCGAUAAUUGAAUUGUAUAAUAAUUGAAGGAAAAAAUUUGUGAAAAUCACGAAUGAAGAAUAUAUGUGGAUGCUGCAAUAAAAGAUAUUUCUCGGUUCACAAACUCUCACAUAGAUGAUCAGUAUGGAAAUCAUCGCAUCUUAUUAUUUUUUUAAUUACAUCCGAUGUGAUAUCGUUCUUGGAAAACAAAAUCUGCAUCGGGUAUAAUAAAUAAUAAUAUUCUCUGCAUAAUCACAAGUCAGAUAUCAUGAACCUAAUGAAAAAUUCUUCCAUGAUUACUCUCCACGAAAGAUUUCCUUUCCUCAAGAAACCGAUAUAACUUUGACGACUCCGAUGCUGUAGAAAAACAUCUUACGUUACGUAUCAUUUUACAUCGUCUCAUUAUUUUAUUAUUAUUAUCAUUAUUAUCUUAUAGCAAAUUCCGCCUCUCCAAAAAAAAAAAAAAA